UUCCUUACUCUGCACGCGCCGACGCGGUCUCUCUCUCUCUCUCUUUAAGCACACACCCCCAUUUGGAUUCUCUCUUCUUCCCACCAAGCAUUCCCUACAAUCCAUACACUGCAUACCCACUUUCUGUCUGUCUGUCUCUCUCUCUACACACUUUCUCUCUCUACGGCGCCACGUCAUCACUGGUUACUCAUCAAACCACUGCCCGCCGGUCCAUCUGGCUGAGCUGUAACCGACUGUAGCUAAGCCUACCCUCUUGAUAUCUCUCUCAAGUCUGUGUCUCACUCACUUUCUAUCUCAAUCUGUUGUUCUCUACAAGAAAUAUAUACACAAUAUAUAAUUUGGAGGCGGAAUUGCGGAAAAGGAAAGGGAAGGACAAAGCAAAUAAAAACUUUCUCUGCAUCUCUAUCUAUUAUCUCUGUAUCUGUGUCUGGAUGACAAAAAAAUGCCUGCUUGGUGGGGAAGAAAGUCUCAGAAAAGCAGCAAGGUAGAACAACAGCAGCAACUGAAGGAACAAGAGAGCAAGCAGAAUUAUAGCAAAGGUUUGGAAAUCAAGAACGAUAAGAAGGGGAAGGAGAAAUCCAAGAGUUUGGAUGAGGCGGCGACCGUCUUCAUAGCUCGUGAUUCGGCCAGGACUAGUAAGGAUUUUGUGGUUGCCGCCGGUGGCUUUGGUGGGUCUUCUUUUGGUUCGGAUUCAGAUGGCCAUGUUGGUGUAGCGGAGAGGAGGGGCCAUCCUUUGCCUCGGCCGUCGGUGUCGUCUUCGCCGCCGUUUCUAGGGAUUGAUCAUGGAGGUGGGUCUGGGUCUGGGUCGGUCUCGAGUAUCAGCUCAUCUGGGUCUUCCGAUGAUCCGGCUCCUGAUCUUGGGUUAUUUGGUGGUUACAGAGCACAUGGUGAAACUAAAGUCAGCCAAAGAUCAAGAAGUCCAGGUCCAGGAUCAAGAGCAGCCACCCCCACCACUCCUUCAUCACCUUUGCAUCAACGAUUGUUUGGUAUUAGUCUAGACUCUGCAACAGGGAGGCCAGAAGAUGGGAGGAGUAUAUGUCAUCCAUUGCCACUUCCUCCAGGUUCUCCUACCAACCCUUGUGCCUCACCCACCAGAAGAAGUAGUGGAGCCUUUGAACAUGCACAUAGUCUUAGAUCAACUUGGAAGAAAGGAAAACUUCUAGGAAGGGGGACAUUUGGGCAUGUUUAUCUUGGAUUUAAUAGUGAGAGUGGACAAAUGUGUGCUAUAAAGGAAGUCAGAGUCAUUUCUGAUGAUCAUACCUCAAAAGAAUGUCUCAGGCAACUGAAUCAGGAGAUAUCAUUGCUUAGUCAGCUCUCACAUCCAAACAUUGUUCAGUACUAUGGAAGUGAACUGGGAGAAGAAACGCUCUCAGUUUAUUUGGAGUAUGUAUCCGGGGGCUCCAUACACAAAUUACUUCAGGAAUAUGGUCCGUUCAGGGAACCUGUUAUUCAGAAUUACACUAGACAAAUUCUUUCAGGGCUUGCCUACUUGCAUGGAAGGAAUCAUGUACACAGAGAUAUUAAAGGAGCCAACAUACUUGUAGAUCCUAAUGGUGAAAUCAAGCUUGCAGACUUUGGCAUGGCCAAACACAUUACAUCAUAUUCUUCAGUGCUUUCUUUUAAAGGAAGUCCUUACUGGAUGGCACCUGAGGUUAUAAUGAAUAGUAGUAACGGAUACAGUCUUGCUGUUGAUAUUUGGAGCCUUGGGUGUACAAUUCUUGAAAUGGCAACAACAAAACCACCUUGGAGCCAAUACGAAGGGGUGGCUGCAAUAUUUAAAAUUGGAAACAGCAAAGAUACCCCUGAAAUUCCAGAUCACCUUUCUAAUGAUGCAAAGAACUUUUUGAAGCUCUGCCUGCAGAGAGAUCCAUCUGCACGUCCUACUGCUGCACAGUUAUUGGAGCAUCCUUUUGUUCGAGACCAAGCUGCAUCAAGAGUCAUACAUAUCAAUACAACUAAUGAUGUUUAUCCUUCUUCCUACGAAGGCAAUCAUUCACUGCAGCCAACCUCUGAAUUCCAUUUUAAGGGGAUAAAUACCACCUCGCUCCAUGGAGAUUAUGCGAUGAAGCCAGUGGUUACAUCUUCAAGAGCUUUAAAAAUCUCAAGGGAUAGUGCAAGAGUGAACAUGUCAUUACCGGUUUCUCCCUGUUCAAGUCCAUUACGACAACAUUGCACAGCAAAUAGGAGUUAUUUUCUUUCCCCUCCUCAUCUAUCUUAUCCCUUUAUAGCACAGAGUAGUUAUGGCAUGACUGAUUAUUCAGCCUUGUCAACAAGACCAAAUACAAAUUACACUGCUGAUGUUUGGUGGGAUAGCCCCCAAAUAAGAACCCCAACUCCUGGUGGGUCCCCAAGAGCAAGACCUUAUUGAGGACACGUAAGGACCAACACAACAAAAUUUUCGUGGUCAUGAUUAAUGCCUCCUGGAUCAAAAGUGCAAUUUGUUGAAAAAGGAUGUAAUACUUAUCUUUUCUCAAAGACUGAUGGAUACAUUUCCUGGGGUUGAGAUUGGAUGAGAAUGAGAGAAUCUCUUGUUUUGCUUCCCCAUGUAAACAAAUGAAGUUGUGAGACCAUUGAGAUUGUCCAAAUGGAUGAAUUUGGAGGAAGGGAUGGGUAGCAGUCCUUUUUGUAUGGAAGUAUGGAGCAUGGCUGCUGAAUUUCUUGAUAUUGUAACCUCUUCUUGAUCAUGACCACUGUAACUGAGGGAGGCUACCACAAAAUUUGUUGUGUAUAUAAGGAAUACCAUUUUGUCUUUUAUCAAUCGGGUCUCCUCUCUUUUCUUUUGGGGAGGCUUUUUCCAUGAUUUUGUACUCAAUUUUCUCGAAUGAUUUUAGCCAUUUAUCUGCAGUCAUUGUUUUAGCAGUUCAA